UUGAAUGAGAAAUGCCGUUGUUGUGUUUAUUUUGAAAGGAAUUUAUAGAAAAGCGAGUUAAUUGAAGCAAGAAUAGGUUUUUAUUAAGAUAAUGGAGUUAUUAGUUAUUGCUUGAGGUUGUUUACUUUGAAGUUGUUUAAAAAUGGACGAUACACAACUCAGCAAAGCUUCGGACGCUGGGGCAAAAAGGAAACGCAGAUCGUCGAUUCUGAAAAGCCAGCGUCCGCCGCGCGCGCCGUUCUCGGAGCUCGAGUUCAACGUCGCCACCCCCACUGACACCGGCAAGAGCCGCCGCGUCAGCUUCUCUCGCAGGACCGGGGUCGCGGAAUUCGUAACAAAUGAAGCCACUACAACAUGGAAAAACUUUUAUGAAGAGCACAACAAAACCUUAGAGUCGUCUGGAAACGACUCGGAGGUGAAUCCGCCGCGGCAGUCGGUCGGCUGUCUCGGGAAGAGAAUAUUCGACCAGCAGUUUCAAGAAGUAGAAGCCGUAGACUACACGUGCAACCUGAAUGAUGGCCGCGGCGUCGAGACGUCCAUCAACAACGUCAACUUUGAACUAGCCCUAGAAUGCUCGGCAGACGAACGUAAACCCCACCAGAAUUUUGAGCUAAGCGAGUUCACGGAGCAACAAAGCAGGCUGUUUGGCGAUGACCUCGCUGUCUCAGGGGUAGGGGAGAUUUCGGACAAAAUCAAUGUCAACUUCUCCGUAAUGCAACAAGUCGGCGACGACCUUGACGAAAUACAAAAGGAUUUAGAACAACACGCUAAAGAAAAGAAUGUUGUGUGCGCUGGCCCCACGGAUAGGAACAAUCUAUCUGAAUAUAUAGAAGUUGAUCUCAACACUACACACGCUGCGAUGAAAGCUGAAGAAUCAGACAUGUCUAUAACUGACACAAUUCACAGUCCGAAAGUUAAUGUUUCCAGAACAAAUGUUUCUACGCAUAAUGAGAAAUCGAUGAAUUUAGAUUGGGUUGCUGAUAAAGAGAAUAUUUUGGUCAAUCCUUACGUUGCGCCAAAAGAGACUGAUAACUUCGCCAUUAAUGAAGAACCGGAUAAAGUGUUGGUGUUUGAUGGAAAAAGAUUGACUAUACAGUCUGAUAAAGAACCGUUAUCUGACUACCGCAAGACGCUAUUACCAAAUACAGAUAAAGAGAAAACUCCACAGAGGAAAACAAUAGUGCUAAAUGUGGAUGACGAUUUGCCGAAUUUCGUUGAUAACCCGCACGUAUCUAUGUCGCAUCACUCUAGAAAUAUGAGCGUGGCCAACAACACCGUAUUUGGGAAUGACGGAGACCUGUCUAUGACGCAACCCUUAGCUGCCAAGCUGGAGACCAAUACAGAAAAACGAAAAACCAUUCUCUUUGAAGAUGCCAUGAACGACAUAUCCGUAACCCAAGCGCUACCCACCAACAUAAUGCAGGAGAAAGUAGAGAAAAGGAGGACCAUCGUUUUUGACAGUGACGGCGCUGAUAUAUCGGUCACGCAGGCCGUGCCUUCUAACUUGCUUAUUACUGAAAAAGAUUCGCACGAUAAAGCUGCUCUUGAGAAGCGAAAGACUAUUGUCUACGAAGACGACGAUGGCAAUAUUUCGAUUACACAAGCUCUUCCCACUAACGUUAUCUUGAGCGAACGUAACGAAGUUAUUCCUGUUAAAAGAAAAACUAUAGUUUUCGAGACUGACGCAGGCAAUAUAUCGGUAACCCAGGUUGUGCCGUCCACCAUUAUUUUGACCGACAGACCUGAAUCUAUCGUGUUUACCGAAAAGACCGGCAACAUAUCCAUCACCCAAGCCGUUUCCUCCAAUUUGAUUCUAGUUGAGAAACCCAAGUCGCCUGAAAAACUAAGUUCAAAAGACAGCAAACAUACUCCUUUGCAGAAAUGUGAAAGUCUUAUCGAGCGCGUUGUAAGACAAGAAUACGAAAUUAUCGAGAAGAGCGUUAUGUACGACCAAGAGGUAGACAUAUCUGUUACCCAAGCUGUACAUUCAAACUUAAUUUUAUCGGAGAAAAGGAAAAGUAUCGUCUAUGACGAUGGAGACAUCUCUAUGACUCAAGCAGUGCCUUCUAACUUGCUUCUAACCGAGGAACGAUCUGAAAAAUGCAAGACUGUUAUCUACGAAGACGACACUGCUGAUAUAUCUAUGACUCAAGCCAUUCCAAACGUAAUACUAUCUGAAAACACCCAAGAUUCCAGUAACAUUAUUGAACGAUUCAUUGACAAAGUCGAGCCUUCAAGUGAAAAACGAAAAACAAUCGUUUAUGAAGAGGAUGAGGGCGAUGUUUCAAUGACGCUAGCGGUGCCAGCGGGUGCUAUUCUGAUCGAUACCGACAAUAUGUCUGAUAAAUCGAACUCUACUAAAGACGCUGGCGAAACUACGCCGACAUCGUCCGGAUCGACGGUGUUGCAGGAAGCAGAGAGAGUGGAUUCCAACGAAGCGGACAUUUCAGUGACCGGAUCCGAUGACGUCAUGGAGGACGUGCAGAUAAAACCAACGCCUUUAUGCAAAGAUAACGUCAAAGUAUGCGUCUCCGAGAGCGACAGCCGCUCGUCCUACGAGAACUUAGUGCAAAGACACAGAAGAGAUUCCAUCAAACCUAUUCCACAGGAUAUUAUGGCUUUAGAGAAGAAAUUGCUAAGCGUGUCCAACUAUAAGAACGCUACCUUAGAAGCUUCUCAUUUGCAAGAUGUCCUGGUAUACCAAACAUCGACCAACCCUGCCCCUAUAAAACCGAGUAGAAACGACCAGAAAGAAUUUCUAACAGAAAUAUCUUCCUCGUCAGCGAUCGCCGGACAAACAGACACCGAUAAUAAUAUGAAACAGUCUUUGGUCGAUAUACCACCGACAUCGGCCACAGAAACUGAGUCCACUGUGACUUCCAGUCCGCAGAAAUUACAGUCGCCCAAAUCAUUAACUCCUAGAUCUGAACCUUCUGACCCUAACCGCGUGACGUCAGGACCCCAUUCCCAGUCUGAUAUCGGCUACGGCCUCAUAGAGUCAGCUUCAGCCGUGUCCGAAAUUCGAAGCACGAUACAAAAAUCGAUCCUAAACGAUCUUCUUGAUAUGCGGGACGGGUUGGACGGGGAUGGCAUCGACGACAAAAGCGUCACGGCCAAAAUACCAUCAGAAACCAAACCCGAAAUGGUCAACCCUGAUACUUCGGAAGACAGUCUAUUUUUCAUCAUGAAAGACAGCACAGAUGAAACUGAGAAGUCUGAUGAGGAAAAAAGCGUUAUCACGAAGAACCUCGCGAAUCACAAAUUGGCUGUAAUGAAGAAAAAGGCUCAUCUCGUAGACACAUCGCCUCUGCAGAUCGAAUUUAAGAACUGCAUGGAGGAUAUUGGAAAGAAGCUUAUUGAGCUACAACAAAGGGGCGAAUCUGGUAGCCCGCCGCACAACAGACACUUCGAAAGGGUCUUCAGCUCUGACGUAGACUCUAACAACAGCAGGCGCAAGAGCUACAAAGACGUGGACUCUACGAAAGAUAUACUAGACAUGCUGUCGCAGUUCACAGACAAAGAAGAGGAGCAAGACCCCAUAGAACCUAUUAAAGUGAAGGGUCGCCCCGCUCUGGAAGACAAGACGGAGUCGCGGCGAAUGAGCACCAUACCGCGCAGACAGUCUGUCGUGCUCAGCAGGGAGGAUAUGCUCAGCAACAUCUCGAUGGCACAAGCGGUGCUACAGAAGUCGCACAACGCUCACAGCGACAGCGAAACUGACAACGUGUCGUCAACAGAAAAGAGCCAAUCGCCCACAAAGACCCCCCGCUCGAGCCCCGAAGUGGUGAAGACUCUUCGCUUCGAAGACGACGAGUCCAGCGACACUAGUACCAAGUUCGAAAUGGGCCUCACCACGCCGCUGAAGAAAACCGCCUUCGGUGAAACUUCCUAUAUGAUUGCGGAGAGGAAGAGAAACGACAGUAAGCCUAACGUUAUACCUACCUAUUUAAAAGAUGUUUCCGACGGCAUAAAGGCUCUGAUGAGUGACUUGGUGAAGCCAAUGGCGGACGUGAUGCCGUUCGACACGGGGCUGGACAAAGACAGCACACUUAAGCGGAACGUGUCGACUUGCAGCACGCAGAUACAAGCCAAUCUGAUAACGUCCAGCCAGAUCGACCUCGACCCCGAGCCGCACUCCAACCCUGAGUCGCUGAUGACGCUCUCGGGCAACAAGAAGUUGAAGGGUAUCAUCAAACCUUACUAUGGCAAUCCUUCCGCGUCAGAGCCUGGUACCACGUCGGAAAGGUCUUUUGAAGUAGACUGGAGGACUUCUUCCGAUCAUCAUCCGAACCAUUACGACAACUUGGCUGGGAGGGAGGAGCUCGAUUUAUACGCGCCGCUCCGCCCCUACCACGCGGACAGGGCCGUCGACGCGACCGUGCCUGGUCGAGUGAUCGUGUUUGACCCGCGCAACCCCCUCAACAACGUGUUACUCGCACCCAUAGAUAUGCAACAGGCCCAUAGAUACGAUCCCACCGGACACAGCUCCGACGAUAUCGACAACCACAGGCCUCCUAAUGACAUCGACCGAUCAAAACUGGGUAACUUCGCCCAAGUGUCAUUCAAAGACGAGGGAUCCGAAGCUGACGAAAAGGCCCCCAAUAAUUACACAACUUAUAACGUUCCGUCAAUAAUACCGAACUUUGUCACGCAGAACGACGCGUGCGUUAAGAAGACGUCAGAUGAGAGCUACGCGGACGACAAGCCAGUAUCCGUAGACCACUCAGUGGAGACGCUCAAUGAGAUGAAAGACGAAGAGGUCAAUACAGUCAUAGUGAUGAAGGACAACAAGAGGCUGUUGGAGGAGAGCUCGUCGCUCACGCUGGUCGACGACACGGAGCAGUGCGAGCGGGUGGCGCCCUACUUCGGGGAGCUGGACUCCGGCACCUCGAAGAACGCCUCGCCCAGCCCCACGGUGAGGAGCUCCCGGUCGUCGACCGCGUCGCCCGUCGAAGUGAUCUACACACAGUCGAACAAGUUAGACUCGGACCUCAACUCCGAGGACGAGGUCAGAAAGGUCUUGGAGAAUAGAAAGAAAAGGAAACACGAGAAGCAUAAGUAUUGCCAGCUCGCCGACUUGGACGUGACUCCUAAACCGUGCUCGAAGAUGUCUAAAAUCUCGACCAGUCCGCUGAACGCCCGGCAGCGCUCGCCGGAGAACCUACGCUACCCGGACUCCCGAACGGAGAGCGACACCAAGUCGUACAAGAGAGACACGAAGAGGAGGUCCCAGACGCUAGUCCCGGUGAAGCCGAAGCGAGCGAUCGACAAGUCUCCGCACAAGAGUCCCAAACACAAAAAGCCAGGCACCACUAUAACCGUACAGCGGCUCAUAACAGAGUACCACAUCACCGAUAUGGAUAAGGAUGUGAUAAACACGCAGAUUUUGGAUGCUAUUAGCAACAGAGAGGGCGAGAAUGUGAUGCAGACGAUGAGGUCGAUAGUGAGCUCGCCGGCUGGCAAGGAUAGAGUGGACGAGGAAGCGGGGGAGGAGAUGGGGGACGCGCGGAGCUGUGCCGGUGAGUUGUCGAAAGAGCGGGCGCUGCCGAUGGACUGGCAGUCGGGGCUGGUCCACGACCUGUCGCGGAGCUCCGUGCCCGACAGAGAGCUGGGCAUCGACGUGGUCGAGAAGAUUGACAUGCUGCCUUUCAUGGGCCGCGAGUGCGAGUGGGAGUCGUCGAGCGAGGAGGGCUGGUCGUUCAGGCUGCUGCACGGGCGGCUGCGGCUGGUGGUGCGCCUGGCCGCCGCGCCGCCCGCCGCCGCCUGGCGCGCCACGCGGCCCGACACGCCCGUCGCCGCGCUGCUGCUCGAGGUCACCAGGCAAGAUAAAAAGAACGAGGUGGCGGCGCUGUGCGUGCGGUUCGCGGCGGAGGCCAUGCGCUACCUGGUGGGGCGCGGCGUGUCGCGCGCGGCCGAGGUGCCGGCGCUGCUGCGGCGCUGCGCCGGCGUGGCGCGCGUGGCGCUGCGCUGGGGCCGCGCCAUGCACGACGCGUGGACGCACCUGGCGUACACGCUCAGCGGCGACGGACUGCUGACGCUCAAGGUGGCGAACAUCCCUCUCCGCUCAGUGUGGGAAGUGACGAUGAAGAUCGAGCUGGUGGUGUCAGACGCGCGCGAGGUCCCGUGGCCGCGCGCGUCGGAGCUGCGCGUGAGCAGCGUCGUGUCCGACAUAUGUGUGCCGCCCGACGAGCUGCAGCGCGUCACCAGCCGGCUGCGGCACGACUGGGGACACGCGCCACGGACGCUCUGGAAAGUGUUCAAGUACCUUAAGAAUAAAAUACGAGACGACGACCUCGUCCUGGGCUUGUGACGUCAGACUCCGUCGAAUGUCAUAAUAUGGCCUCCAAGCACUACAAGGAUGCCGAAGAAGAUAACAGAUAGGCAGGUCCUACAGGGUUGCUCCAAAGCACAAAAA